AUGGCAUGUUGCUCAUCAUUUCUUGGCAGAUUGCCAAUGGAAACGAAUGAUUUUGUCCUGAAACGGUUGCCACGUGGUGCUAGACCAUGGGCGGUCCUGGUGGGCGGAGUCAUGUGUAUGGUCACUUUUGGAAUCGUUUAUACCUGUGGCAACCUCCUUCCCUACUUGGUCUCCUAUUUCCGAUGGAAAAUGUAUCCAGACAUGAGAAUGGGCAGUUUGAUAUGGCUCCAGACAUUGCUCAGCGGCCUUCCAAUGGGUAUGGUUAUCGGUGGACUUGUGGAGCGGAAGUUCGGCGGAAGAGUUGGAGCAUUUUUCGGAGCAAUUGUUUAUACAUUUGGAGUCGGGUCCACUUUCUACUCAAUCCAACAUUCAUACGCAGCCACAUUGAUUACCAUGGGAGGAAUCGCUAGCGUUGGAAGUAGUAUCGCCUAUAGUUCAAUUCUGCCGACAGCUCAGAGGUGGCUCCCUGACAAUGUCGGCCUUGCUGGAGGUGUGAUCAUCGGUGGAUAUGGUUGUGGAGCAUUUAUCCUAUCGCCCCUUCAAACCACAUUCAUCAAUCCAUUGGACUAUCGAGUCAACGAUCAAGGAUUCUUCACUCAAGAGGAUCUUCUAGAACGUGUGCCCUAUGUUUUCAUAGUCAUGGCCAUUUUUUUCACAAUUUUCCAAUCAAUCGGCCUUAUCUUUAUCGGACAGCCAGAUGAUAACAUUGAAGUGGAGACGGAGAACUUGAUUGGAACGAAUAGUGAAAUUCGAGUCGAGCAAGCGAGAGUUUGGCCGCAAUUAAGAACUACCACCUUCCUUGUCCUAUUCCUGUCUCUUACAUGUAACGCCACGUGGGUUCAGUUGACUAGCGGAUUGUACAAAGCUUAUGGUCAGCAAUUCAUUGAUUCUGACUUCUUUUUGAGUCUCAUCGGAUCCAUUUCCUCUGUUUUCAACGCGGGAAGCAGAGUGUUUUGGGGAGCAAUUGCAGAUACGACCUCUUAUCAAUUCUCAAUGUCAAUUGUGUGCAGUUUGGGAGCUGUUCUAGCGUUUUGCUUGCCGUUAGUAAAGAUGGUUGAUAACGAUGUGUUGUUUUUGGCGACGGUUUGCUUAAUCUUUUCGUGCAUUGGUGGAACCUUCUCAAUUUUCCCUUACAUCACCCAUAAAUGUUUCAGUAAAGCCAAUUUCAGUGUGAUGUAUGGAUUCUUGCAGUGUGCAGUGAGCGUUGCUGGCCUAAUCGCCGGAUUGAUCUCCACCCAUUUACUUAACGACAUUGGAUUCGAAAAUUUGUUCAUUCUCUGCGGAUUCUUCAUGUUAACCUCUUUAUUGCUCACUUUCAUCGUCCAUAAAACCGAUUUGGCUAGAUUAAUGAUUUCAGCGGAUCAGGAGCAUUUGGAAGAAGAUGAUUAUCAGAUUUAUCAGUGA